CCAUUUGUCCCCUCUCCUUCCAGAAGGGAGCUGUGUUUCUGGGCACCCGCCCCAACAUGUUGAACUCAGGGAUGGAAAAAAAGGGUCUCCUGAAUAGAGAUAACAUAGGAAUUGCCAUACUGCAUCAGAACAUUGCUCAAACUACUUAGAUAUUCUGCCAACUGUAUUGGCCAGCACUUGAUUGCUUCAGAGGAAGAAGCAACUCCAUUGCAUUUAUUAUUGCCCUUUGUGGAUAAAAGAUGUAUCAUGGAAUGAACCCGAGCAGCGGGGAUCCGUUCCUAGAGAAGCAGCAGCAGUACCCGUCCCCCCGGAGACUCUUCGUGGUGGUCUUGUGGCUUCAGCUGGUGCUGUGCUUCGGCCCUGCACAGAUCACGGGCGGAUUUGAUGACCUCCAUGCUUGUGCUGAUCCUGGAGUCCCUGAACACGGAUACAAGACACCCAGUGUAGGUGUUUUCUUUGAAAGCGCUGUAGUCCGGCUUCACUGUCAAGAAGGAUACAGGCUUAAGGGUCCUUCAAAAAAGAUUUGUGUGAGACAUUUUAAUGGCUCCUUGAGCUGGAAACCAAGCGAUAAACCUGUGUGCCUACAAGAAGAUUGCCUCAUUCCACAUGUUGAAGAUGCAGAGGUUCAUAACAAGACAUACAGGACUGGAGAUAAGUUAAUAAUCAGUUGUCAUGAAGGAUUCCAGAUCCGUUACCCUGAUUUAGACAACAUGGUUUCAAUAUGUCAAGAUGAUGGAAUGUGGGAUAAUCUGCCCAUUUGUCAAGGGUGCCAAAAUUACAAAGUCUGCCUGGAGUUAAUCACUCUGGGCCAAACUCAUCUCUGGUGUAACUCUACUGAAGGUUGCCUGAGGCCAUUGGUUCUUCCUCAUAGUUACAUUAACAUAUCUGAGUUCGAGUCCUCCUUCCCAGUAGGAACAGUGGUAUAUUAUCAGUGCUUUCCUGGAUAUAAACUAAAGGGGACAAAGUUCCUUGAGUGCAUGUAUAACCUUAUCUGGUCACAUAGCUCACCUAGGUGCCUUGAUGUGGAAGUUUGUCCACUACCUCCAAUGGUGAUUCAUGGAGAUUAUAUUUGCCAUCCGCGGCCUUGUGAGCGUUAUAACCAUGGAACUGUCAUUGAAUUCUAUUGUGAUCCUGGUUAUACUCUUACCAAUGACUACAAAUACAUCACCUGCCAAAAAGGAGAAUGGUUUCCCUCAGCUCAAGUAUACUGUGCCAAAACAGAGCAAACCUGGCCAAAUACACAGGAAACCCUCCUGACUACAUGGAAAAUAGUGGCAUUUACUGCUACCAGCGUUCUACUGGUACUUCUGUUGGUUAUUCUAGCCAGGAUGUUCCAGACCAAAUUUAAGACUCAUUUCCUUCCAAGAGGUGCCCAGGAGAGUUCCACCAGCGACCCCGACUUUGUGGUAGUGGAUGGUGUUCCUGUCAUGCUCCCUUCCUAUGAUGAAGCUGUGAGCAGUGGUUUGAAUGCCUUGGCACCGGGAUACUCAUCUUCUGCAGCCCAGGGGCAUGCUUUCCAGGCAGAAGAUCAGAACCCUCCAGCUUAUCCUGGCCCAGGAGAGACAGACACAUUACCUGCUGAAUUUGAGAGCUGUGAUAGCAUAUCAGGCUCCUCCGAACUUCUCCAAAGUUUAUAUUCAUCUUCUGUGUGCCAAAUGUGCGUGCAUCCUAUUUCAGAUAGAACUGAGGUGAUCAAUAGCACCACUGGGGAGGCUGCAUCCACAAGCCCAAGUAUCGAUAUUGCAGAUGAAAUUCCAUUGAUGGAAGAAGACCCUUAACCAGCACAAAUUUUGUUCAUUAUAUGAUCAGACUGGGCAAAAUGAAUCAUGCACAUAUAUAUACAUACAGAUAGAGAAAAAGACUAUUUAAAGAUUGGAGGGAGGGUAUUUUUCCUAUUUUUUGAUCUUCCGUGUGAUGAUGUCACCAGAUUGUGUGCACAUCUCAAUCAACUGUGUGGUUAACAGCAUCAGCAAUUGAACAGCAGGUUUGUGAAAUGAAUCCUGGGGAUUUGAUGAGACCAUUUGCAGAAAAAGAACUAUGAAUUCUUGGAACUGAAAUUAACGUAUCUCUGCAUUGCACGAAGUUGGAUGAUUCUGUAGAAACACUGUUGAAUUUUGAUACAAGUACUUACUGCCUCAUAAAAGCAUGUCAGAUUGUGUAGAUUUGCUUACAAAGGCUGCUCUAUACUAUCUGUGGACCCUGGUUUGUGAAGGAUUAUUAUAAUUCUUUAAAAAAUCAGUGUUGAAAUCUGAAAAAAGAAAACAGUCUCCUUUUGAAUACCCUGUAUUAACCAGGCUUUUAAGAGGAAGCCAUUGUUUUUUCUUCCUAACAUCAUUUCAGACCUUGUCUGCAGAAAACAUAACAGAAGAGAUGGGACUCAUAUAAAGUUUGACAUUAUGAUAACAAAUAUAAAUAUAUAUACACACACACUCUUUUAAAGAAAAUGAAAAAGAAAGGGAAAGACAUGAUCUGGAGAUUUUUUUAAAGUAAAGUAGGAUUUAUAUAAUAUAUAAUGUACAAGGUAAAGUAUCAAUAUUUGUAUUUAUGCAGCACUUAUACAUUAGAUUUGAUAAACCCUGUGAUUUUAUGAAUGGAUUUAGAAAGUGUUAAAAUAACAAGGUCAUGAUGAAGGAGGUGUUGAACUACUGUCUUGUUUCCCCAUUUCUUACACCAUCCCAUACAUAUAUACAUAGGUUAUUCUACGGCCAAAUCCCAAAGCACUUAGAGACUAAAUUGGUUAGUCUCUAAGGUGCCACAAGUACUCCUUUUCUUUUUGCGAAUACAGACUAACACGGCUGUUCCUCUGAAAGCACUACAGUGUCCCUACUGUAUGGGGUAGUACUCUGGGUCAUUACUGUAGAAUACCAUAGUACUUUUUUUUUUCUUUUAAAGGGGCAUUACCUGUAUUUCAGUCCUUUUUUUUAUUUACCAGCUUGUAUCCAGUUGACCUUCAUAGAGCUUGUUAUUACUAACCAAGUGCUCUGCUACCAUGUUAGCUUCCACGCAGGAACAUUUGAAAGGAAGGAAGGACAACGCAGUCAGCUUGAAGUGCACUCAUCACGGAUACAAAUAGACAGAGUGAUAUUGUUUUAAAGAAAAUGCACAGUGCUCAGAGUGCUGUUGAAAUUUGAUUUCCUCCUUUGCAAGAACGGAAUACCAUGCCUCAUGAUCCACUUGUGGCUCCAUUUCUCUCCUCCUCCUCCUCAUGUGGAGCUGGGGCACAAUCUAACCACUGCAAACAAAUCCUGUAUCUACGGUAUGUUCCUGGGAGGGUUAUGUGAUACAUUAUUUGUAAGGAAUAUUCCUCCCUGCUUCAACUUGGCUAUUCAUUUGCCAAGCAAAUUUUCCAUCUCAUUUCUAGCAUUGCACGCUUGAAAUAAGAACAUUAUGUUAAGUUUACAGUGGUUUAAAGCAGGGGUCUCCAAACUACGGCCCAUGGGCCGGAUCCAGCCCGGGGCUUCCAUUUGUCCGGCCCUCCAACCAACGGGGAGAGGUGGCUAACAGCUGAGUAGGCACGCCGAGCAGGCAGGGGGAGGGCUGCCGUCAGCAGCAGCUCACGUCUGAGCUGUGGGGAGGGGUGAGUGCCGCUGGGAGCCAGUGUCCCCCCAGAAGGGGAGACCACUUAGGGGGGAGUCGUUCCUGCAGCUGAGCAGGCACAGACCCCUGCCUUAGAGUAAAAGUACAAGCCAGAUGCUUCAUUAUAUCUCCAAUAAAUGGAGUAAAAAAGAUGGAUAAUUUCAUAAUGGUUAAAUUUUAACUACAGCACUAAUAGAACCAAACAGUCCCAACCAACAAUGGGAACCUGGAGCUUCUCUUACCAAAGUACAGCCAAACUUUCAAUCCUUUGUCAUUUUCUUCAGCAGAGCAGGCAUGCCUAGCAGGCACAGGGAGAAGGGAGCAGGCAGGGGGCACAGCAGACCCAAAAAGGGGAGCCAACUUACAGUACCUGCAUUGAUUAACUUUUAUACCUGAUUUAGAAUUUAAUACAACACUGACACAGUAGAGUAGUGUUGUUUUUUUAACAAUUUUGCAUAUAUUUAAUUUCUUUCACAGUUGCUUCGGCCCACGAAGCCCCUUCAAAAAUCUAAUAUGGCCCUCGUCUCAUAAAGUUUGGAGACCCCUGGUUUAAACAGUAACUCACUGUUGUCUUGACUGAGACAGAUUGUUAUCUGUGUGGGCUAGUUGAAAGAAAGAAAGCAAUAUAGCAAUAGAGUCUAGUUUCAACUGCAAUAGAACAAAUCAGGAGUAUUUCUGUUAUCAUUAGUCAACCCAUAUUAUACUGUUGGUUUUUGUUCAUUUAUUUAUUUAUUUAUUUGUGUUGUGAGAGCAGCUAGCGGCCCCAGACAUCAAUCAGAGCCCUAUUGUGCCAGGCACUGUACAAACAUAGAAGGAGGAGAUGGUCCCUGCCCUGAAGAGCUUACAGUCUAAGUAUAUAAUGAGACAAUAGGUGAAUACAACAAACAGGGAGAGGCAGCAGAGUGUAAGAUUGAGACAAUGAUUGUUAUGAUCUCGGUUGCCCCAGUCUGAGAUCAGAAUCUCUAAAGUAUGAUGUUGAAAGGUAAGAUGCAUACAGUAUCAUCUUUCAUUGUUGCUUAAAUGAGAGCUGCAAAUUGCUUUGAUGGAGUUCUCUCAGUUGUAUCAAUAUCUAUGAGAUUUCCCCCAUGCGCAGGCCAUGAGGACAUUCCCACCAUAUCCAGCUGUGCUUUUAUUGCCAAUUCCUGGUUCAGUUUGCCAUCCCAGCAUAUAUACUGUGUGGGUGAUGUGAUAUCAAGCAAGGAAGACCCUCAGGAACACAGGUUAAUUAAAUGAUUUUGUUUUAUAGUAUUGUUGCACAGAUUUGCAAAAUAUUAACCAUAUUACAAUUAUCCUAUAAAAUAUAGUGAAAUCUGUUCUUGCUGCUAUCCACAGUGCCCUGUGUUAACAGUUUGCAAAAUCUCAAUCCUUUUGAAAUUACUUACUUCCUGUAUAUUAACUCCUACUGUGGUAGCUGCCUGGUUAAUGUAUGUCUGUCUGUCCGCAGACUGCCAUUGCUCUGUCUGUUGUAUUGCAGUCAGCCUGCUGAGGUGGUCAGAAAGGGCAGCUGGUUCCAAACUUGAAAAUUUAUUUUUCAAGUAAAGAAUUUAGCUCAAAACACUUUCAAAGUAUCAAUAGAGAGUUAUGGUUUAUUGGACCAUUUUUCUUUGUAAACCUGAAAAUGCAAUAGAAAACAUGUAUAAGUGAAAGCUGCUAGUUAGUCUUUUGGUAGUGGUGCUGUUCUGUAUUAAAUGUGGCCCAAAAGAGAAAAAAAAUUGAGUUUGUCCCCCGUUUAAUUCUUUAUGAUAUACAAGAUGUUUUGUUGCUUGCUUGCUUGCUUGCUUAACAUUUUGUUCUGAUUGUUUACAUUGGAGUGGAAUUGUAAAGAGAGUUAUAUGCAGCAGCGUUGAGCAUGUUUGAAAAUUCCCCCCUAGAAAUCCUGUCUUAUGUUUUUUCUUGAAGACACGUUAGGUCACUGGAGAACUGGUAAGAUGAUACUAUGCUUACCUGGCAAGUGAAAGCAGAUUGGGAGGGUAAGGUAUUCUUAUUGUGGUUAAAGAUUCCCCACGCAAGCUCCUUCAUUUAAGGGUUAAGAGCUCACAACCUACGUUUCUGAGAUCUCCAGGAAAACCAAGAAAGAGCAGAAUUGGCAUUCCUGAAAUUUCUAAGACGAAAAAUAAGCAGGAAAAAAUAUAUGUUGUAGAGAGGGUGAGAGACAAUCAUUUCUUCUUUGAGUGUCCCUAUGGGUGCUCCGCUGUAGGUGUCUGCGCCCCUGCGACUUUAGUCGGAGAUUUUUGGUAGCACUGUCCGUUGAGCCCGCACAUGUGUUUCCCCCUCCAACCCCCCCCCACCCCCACCCCCUCCUGCCCCAGGCUAUCUAGCACUGCACCAAGAACCCCCCUCUUACUUCCUUCUCAGCGCGGGCACUGGAAAAACAUGGGCUCCCAGUCGUUGGCCAGGCCAGCCAGAGGGGUUCCCCGGUGCAGUCACCUCGGUACCAAGGGCACCAGCAGCUCUGAAGUAUGGUACUCAGAAGGGAGCCUCUGCUGUGAGCUCUGCUCUCUGCCACAUGGGCUGCACCACCUGGAGACAGACAAUUACCGUACCAUCUCUAAAAGAGCAGCACAGAAAAAAUCUUUGGUACCAGGUGUGACAAAACUCCAUCAUCGUGGACAUGGUUAAUGCACGAAGCAAGCAACAUCAUGCCAAGUCGACCCCAUAUGAUCGGGCUUGGCAGGACGGCAUAUUUGUCGGCAACAUUACCAUUUAGAGUCACGAAUUACCAAACUCUCAUGGCCAAAUACAAUUUUAUUAAUUAUGGGAAACUAAAUGUGUUUCUGGAACAUUUACUGGAGACACAAAAUGAGCAGUUCCAGACCAUUCUUAGAGAGGGUCAUUUAUUAGCCAGACUGGUGCUAGAGACAGCACUAGAUGUAGCCGAUACAGUGGCCUGCCCGCUCUCCAUGACAGUGGUACUGAGGCAGGCUUCUUGGCUACACCUUUCUGGGUUGCCCAAAGAGCUGCAGAAGACUUCCAGUUUGAAGGGCCCAAAUUCUUCAUGGAGAAGACAGAUACUUCUCUCCACAUCCUGAAGGAUUCCCAGGCCACAUCACACUCCCUAGGAAUCUGUACUGUGAGACAGAAGAGAAGAUACACCUCUCAGCCACAGCACAGGUCACAACCUCCUCAAUAACCACCAUCUCAGCACUGUUAGGACCUGCAGCGUAAGAGGAUGAGGGCUCAAAAACAGAAACAUUUCGCACCCCAAUCCGUGACUGCCUCUCAAUCCGCCUCCUUAAGCACUUUUGACAGGCUGGUUGGGGGCCUGAACAAUUAUAUCUUGCAACAUCAGCUGCCAUCUACACACCUGUCACGCCCCUUCAGAAAUUGCCUGGCCCUUUUUCACAGCAGUUGGGAGAAUAUCACCUCUGACAGAUGGGUCCUGGAGAUUAUUUCAAAGAGUUACACCAUUCAAUUCAUGUCCUGCCCCCAUUCCAACCCUCCUUCCCCAUCCCCCUUCAGUUCUGAGAAACCCUUUCUCACGAGAACCUACGUCAUCAGGAAAUAUAUAAUUUGUUAUGCCUAGGGGCCACAGAACCAGUCUCAGUGCAAUUCAGGAGCAAGGGGUUUUACUCUCAUUAUUUCCUGAUCCUCAAGGCGAAGGGAGGUUGGAGGCCCAUUCUAGUUAUAAGGGCAUUAAACAAAUACUGGAAGGCACAGACAUUCAAGAUAGUGAUGCUAACCACCAUUAUUCCAGCUCUAGAGCAAGGAGAUUGAUUUCCAGCUCUCAACCUACAAGAUGUCUACUUCCAUAUCUCAAUACAGCCAUCGUACAGGAGAUUUCCUACAGUACACCUGCUCUGCCUGGAACUGCUCCCUUGAUGCUGGAGACACUAGUUCCUUGCUGGGUUGUGGACUUGGGCUUAGUCCCACUGGAAGCGAUGCAGGUGAUGGGGGUGUCUCUGUCGACUGUGAACCAUUCUCUGCUGGUGCACUAGGUGGUAUUUGAGGCUUCAGUUGAGCCUGUUGCACCAGUUUAGCUGCUGCUGCAGGUGCAGGCUCUGUGGUGCCCUCUGGUGCUGGUUCCCCUGACUCUGGUGGGGUUGCAAGCACGGACUCUGGUGCUGACUGCUCCGCCAGUUCUGAUCCUUGGACUGGCUCUGGCUGGGUCCCACAAACUGGAUCUACAACCUCUGCUAUAGACUCUGGUCUGGGGUCUGGUUUUACCAACUCUGGCUGGGUCCCCAGGCCUAUAGUAUCAGGGGACACAGACUAGGUCCUUUUAGGAGGCUCAGGAAUGGAGUUAGGUGUGGAGGCCUGUUUAGCCUGGCUGCGGGUGACCAUCCGUACCCUUUUUGUUAGCCUCACAUGGUUGGUUAAGUUUUUUCUCCCAGCAGCAUGGGAAUGGGAUAAUCAUCAUAGACUGCAAAGGUCCGCUUUCCUGACCAGCCCUUGUCUGUAGGCAAGUUAAGAGUUGGCCUUAAAGGGUUGCACUGUCACUUGGGCCUCUGGGUUGAUGAAUUUGGGGUCCACCAGGGAUUGGUGGCUAGCUGACGUGUGCUCCAGUUUCUCUCCACGCUGUAAUCUUCCUCCCGCCCACACUCAGUUUCCCUUCGGUCUGGGGGUAUUUGCGAGACAUCUAGGCCUGAAGGCUCUUGGUGGGACCCCGGGGUGAUGAGUUGCAGUCGGCUGGUGCUCUUGGGGCAAUAGGCCUUCACAUGCCCCAGCUCGUUACAUUUAAACCAUUGCCCAGCUGAGUGAGGGCUGGGGCGAGGUGGGUGGGGUGGUAGGACCAUAGGACAUCUGGGGUCUCCCUGGCUGUGUGGAGGACUUCUGCUUGUGAGAUGGGGCCUUGGGCUCAUUCCGAUGGUGGGUGUCGUCUUGGGUUGCCCCUUCUGGUACCCCCACCAACUGCUACUAGCUAUCUUCUUCUCUGCCACCUCCACCCAUUUGGUUCCGAUCUCCCCCACCUCGAUUACAGUUUUGUGCUUCCCAUCUAGGAUGUACCUUUCUAUUUCCUCAGGAACACCCUCUAAGAACUGCUCCAUUUGCAUUAGGAGAUCUUCCUGAGACUUAACACUUGCUCCUGAUAUCCAGGCAUCCCAAUUUUUUACAAUGUGAUAGGCGUAUCGGGAAAAUGCCCUAUCUGGUUUCCACCUUAGGGCUCUGAACCGCCGACGGGCAUGCUCGGGGGUUAGCCCCAUCCUAAUUCUGGCCUUGUGUUUAAAAAGUUUGUACUCGUUCAUGUGUUUUUUAGGCAUUUCAGCUGCCACCUCUGCUAAGGGUCCACUGAGUUGUGGCCUUAGCUCCACCAUAUACUGGUCUGUAGGGGUGUUGUACCCAAGGCAGGCCCUUUCGAAAUUUUCUAAGGCCUCUGUAUCAUCGCCUACCUUGCAUCUGGGGAAUUUCUUGGAAUGGGGAGUGGUACCUGGAGGAGGACUAUUAAGGCUACUUGGCUGACCCAGCUUAGCCCUUUCCAGCUCUAAGUGCUUCAGCUCUGUCUCCGCUUCUAAGCACUUCGCCUCCAUUUCCACCUCCAAGCGCUUCAUCUGUAGGAAGAAAUUCCCGUCUUCCAUAGUUAGAACUCAGUCUGGGUUAAGGGCAUCCCUCCAUCUUGGCACCUGAAUCUCGAGUUGGGGAGGGCUGACCAUUCCCUCUGGGGAAAACUCCAGUCCCCCAUCCCCUCCCUGCAUUUCUUUCAUGGAGCUGGAUGUCUGGGCUUGAUCUGGGUCUGUCUUCUCUGUGGCGUGCCACUUUGGGAAGACUGGUUGCUGUAGGGUUUCAGUGCCUGACUGCAACCUCAUGCACAGGGCUGUCUACUCUAGCCUAGCUAUUUCAUUGCCACAAAGCUAGAAAAAAAAAUAAACUGCUUGUUGGACUCCCUGGCUUUGCAGGCUGAACCCUUUGCAUGCCUGUUCCCCCUCAGGCAGCAAAGAAAAGAGGAAAAAAAACUCCCUGGCUUUGCAGGCUGCCAAAAGGAAAAAUGUGUCCUUUUAAAAUCCUGAGGUCUGUGCCUCUGGUUCAAAAUGAUCCCACGACUGCAACCAUGUCAAGGCUAAUUCCCCACUCUGGGACUAUGAGUGCAGAAGGUGGGGGUCCACAAGGAUUCUAAAAAUUAAUAAAAAUAACGAGGAGUCCUUGUGGGACCUUAAAGACUAACAUAUUUAUUUGGGCAUAAGCUUUUCAUGGGGUUAGAACCCACUUCAUCAGAUGCAGGGAACGAAAAUACAGGAGCAGGUAUAAAUACAUGAAAGGAUGGGGGUUGCUUUAUCAAGUGUGAGGUCAGUCUAACGAGAUAAAUCAAUUAACAGCAGGAUAUCAAGGGAGGAGAAAUAAAUUUUGAAGUGGUAAGAGAGUGGCCCAUUACAGACAGUUGACAAGAAGGUGUGAGUAACAGUAGGGAGAAAUUAGUAUUGGGGAAAUUAAGUUUAGGUUUUGUAAUGACCCGACCACUCCCACUAAGGUUCCCAGAGGCUUUGGGGCAGAGAUGCACUGUAAGUAAGUAUUGUUUUGGUACAGGUGUGGGAAUUUUGCAAACUCAAUUUUAUAGUCACUUUAAAGAAAUUACAUCAAUAUUGAAAUCUAGCCAGUUUCAAAAACUAGUUAAAACUAGCUCCUCUGCAGUCCCUCUGCCAGCUUCCAUGGUUUGAUAAUGUCCUGUUUUGAAAAAAAUAUGUUUCUCUCCUGUGUCGAUAUGUGAAAGACCCACCUAGCGAGAGGAGGAAUGCUGGAGCAGAUGGCACACACAGUGCUGCCAAAUGUAGACUGAAAAAACAGAAACGUGUUACUGUCAUCUCCAGUAUCGUCCUCUUGAGUGGUAGUUGCUAACCAUUUGGAGACAGAAGUGUAGUUGCUUAUAGCAGACAAACCUCUCUGUAAGGAUGGUGGGUUACUCCUCUCAUAUUGCAGCGUACAUUGGUACUGAUGUGUUAACUAAGACGCCAACCUUUAACAUAGAAGUAUGAACAGGAGAUCCAACAGGUUUGGUCAGAAAAAUGUAAACAGAGGUGUUCUGAGGCCUCAUUCUGAACCAGUGGGCAUCUGUAUCUUUGCUGAUGUCAUAUCUGCCCCUGAAAAAAAAUUCUCAAAAAUAACAGUGUCAGGCAAAUUUGACUGGCCAACUCUCAGACAUUUCCAGAAGUGUGUCAGAUGCACUGGCUCAAAGGAUUUAGGAGAAAUAACUGGGCUUAACCCAGGUCCCAUCAUUUCAGCCUGUUUUCUGUGUUGUCUAUAUAGGAAUGUAUCCUGUGCAUUGUCUUCUGGCAUGUUCACCAUCCCUUUGGUGUUUAUACAGAUUCCAGCCAGAGCUGUACUCCAGUUCAGCAAUGGAAGUAUUCCAUAGACCUGGACUCCACUAAGAGCCUCUGAGUGUAACCCGAGCCCCACUGCUGCCAACGGGAGCUUUGCCAUUGACUUCAGUGGGACCAGACUUUCACCCUAAAUCAAAUCUGAGAUUGUGUUAAUCUGCUCUUCACUUUCAGUUUUGGCUGUUCCAUAGGUGCAGGGCUCUUUACUGGAAACUCCCUGUGCACUGUGUGAGGUUAUUCACCCUCCGCAUUUAGCUGAAGACAGCAGUUUCAGAAUGCAGAGCCACAGUGAAGACAGCAGUUAGAUUACUGAAGUGGUCAGAUUGUCAGGUUUGUGCAGAAUAUUCCUCCCCUCAGCAUUGUUCUGGUUCCAUAAAAGGAGUUUCAUAAGGCUGCCCAAUCCUCUCUGCUUCCUUAUGCAGAGGUUAGCCAGUAUGCCACAUUAAAGCCAAACCUGGACUGAGGGGAGAGCAGCACACCUGUGGCUUUCUAAACAUGGAGCUCCUGUCUUUUGGUCUCUUUUGGAUUCUGGGGGAGCGGACAGGGAGGAACCAGAGAGCAGCUUCUCUGGAUCUCCAAGGGCACAUCUGCUCCAAAACUAAUACUGGUUGAACCAGUAGCAAAUCCCACUGUGCAUCUAUAAUACCCACCCCUUGCAGGCUGCUUUUGGGGGAGUUAUGCUUCCAUGGCAGAAAGACGGGCCUUGCUUUGCCCUGUCCUGUUUCAGGUCAUUUUAUAUAUGCUCCUUCCCUCUGCAGGUAACAUGAGGGAGCUAACCUAGAGUAACAGCCUAGUCCUUCCGCUUUCCCAUCUGUGCCCCAGAAUAAUUGGUAGAAAACUCCUCAGUAGGAACUCCUGUAGUAUCCUUCAUGCUCGUUAGGGUUUUCCCUAUAUGGAAGAAAUGUGGCCCAGACUUUCCAGAUACACCUUUUCCAUGAGUGGAAGAGCCAAUAUUUAACAAUAACAGAAAAUGCCCCCACCUGCUGGCUAGACUGUGUGUGUGUGUGUGUGUGCUGCACAUUAACACAGCUGAGACUCAAACUAGGACCCUUGUGAUCUGAUGGUGGCAGCUUUCCUUUGCGAGUCAGAAAGAAAUCCCCUAAUGGACAAGGCAGAAUGGGCUGGGCUAAGAUCCAUGUAGUGAUUAUUUGAUAACUACAGGAACAAGAGAUCCAUACAAUAACUUAUUUGAAGCAGAAGCCUGCAGAAUAGAUGGGUUAAAAGCAAAGAAGACCAGUGGAAACACCCUAGCAGGGUGCUAUGGGAAGGCCUUGGGACUGAUUCAAAAUGAAAUAAAGGCACAAAGAGAAAGAGAUUCCAUGAGAAUAUGCUUCAGGUACCUUGGGCGGAUUCAGUUCUUCCCUCUUGCCUCUGCACUUCAUGGUGCAUGAAUUAGCUCUGCUUGCAGCAGUGAUUCUUGUCUGCCAUGGAUGAGACUUUCUUUGUGCUCAGAUGAAUUUCCUCCAUCUUUCUAGAUUUGCUUUUUCCUUCCCCUCUGCUUUUUUCUUCUUCUUAGUCUUUCCUCUUUGCUUUUUCUAUCCCCUCUUCACACUGUUACUUCUCUUUCUCAGACAAGAUGCUGGGAUGUGAAAUUAGUUUGUUGAUAUCAGGUCGUUUCUAGAGGCAGAGUUUCCCCAUCACAGCACCUCAUUGACAUUCUCAGAAGAGAAGACUGAUAGGUCAUGGGGACUGAAUGACCCACUGCCCAAAGAAAUGCGCCAUGGAGAUCAUGGUUGAAGCACAGUGAGGGUUGCUUGUGUUACGGCAGCCCAUGCUUUAUCUGGUCUGACGCUGUCAGUCCCCAGGCCCAUCAAUGCAUGUGAACAUAUACACACAAAGAAGUAUUGGCCAAGAUUUUCAGAGUGACCAGUGCUUUUGGGUGCCCAACGUGAGACCCUUUUAAAGGGGUUGAUCUUCAGAAAUCUGCAAAUCAGCCUUGAAAAGCUUGGCCACUGGACACAGCAGAACAGUCCAUCCAGCUAUAUCCUAUUGCUGCUUGGUUUGUUUCUUAAUAGAAGAAUAAUUGUGCUUUUAUUACAACAAGCAGCUGAGAAUUUGCUAGUUACUAUGUUGUUACGUUUACAUCCAACUUUUGCCAAAACAAGACUAGGUUAGUUUUCUACUGCUCCUUGCCCUCAGCCUCUGGCUUCUGAGAGUCCAGUGCUGGAUGAAUGCCACUCGUAACUCUGUGUCUCAGAACCGCACCUGUUCUCUCUAGAGUAUUUACACUUCUCACCUUUGUCCUUGUGUUAUCUCUCUGGCAGCACAUUUGCCCAUCUUGAUCUUGCUGCUGUCUGAUAUUUUAGUGGGAAUGCCAUGUCAACUGAUGUAUUUUUUUAUAACCAUAUAAUUACUGCCUCUCAACAAGGUGCUUGGGGCAAAAGGUCUUUCUUAGAACAUUGGGAUGGUGCAACAGUCAAGAAUUUCAGAGUUAGCAUUCCAAAGGGCUGGGCAGUUUCUAUUACAAAUACAUUUCACUGGUGGUUUGUGGUAUGGGCGAGUCUCUCUUUUAUGGGGUGGGGAAAGAAUUGCUGAGCAAAGCUGUGCUGUUCUGCAUCCACACCACUAGGACGCACCUUGAUACCACAAGAAAUACCAUUAACGGAAUAGAUUUGUUUAGUCUGUAGAUCUGAUAAUACCUGCAAUUUUAAAUCCAGUUUUUAUAGGAAACAGAACUGCUACAGUCUAUGGCUCCACUAGGAGGAAACCAAACAGGGGCUGAGUGCCAUUCUCCACUGACCAUGUGCUGCUCUAUACUGUGUCACUGACACUACUUGUUUAAUAAAUGGAGUGUUACAAUCCCCAGUGAAAUUGUUCAUUUACAUUAUAGUCUAUGGCUGAAUUGCCCUCCCCAUUCUAUGAUUCCUUCUAGAUCCUUUUUCCUGUGCUGCCUGUUUAAAUCUUGCAUCAGAAGUUCACUGCACCCUCAUCAACAAAUAUGCUAUGAAGGAUUCUUCAGGCCAGUCCUACAAGGUGCUGAACGCCUUCAACUCCCAUUGGUUUCUCAGCACCUCUAAGGAGGGCCCUGAAAUUGUUACUUCAUUUAAAAAAAACUAAACUGCACAUUAGACAUUGAGAUUGAGCCUGAUCUUCUUCCUAUUCUUUUUCAUUUGUUGUUUAAUUUUAAAUUUAAAAAUUAAUAUCAACACAUUCAAGAAGUAGCUAAGGAAGCCAACUUUAAAGCAGAUCAGACUCAUGGUCAAAAUUAGAGCCCAGAAAGAAAGUCUCUCGUUAAGAAGAGUCAAUACUAGCCCAUAACUACUGAAAUCUGAAAGCUUAAUGCAAGCUGUAUCCCUACAUUAAUUGCUAGUGUUUAUAAGUGCUUUUGCUGGAAAGAUACAACUUCUGCAAUAUAGUUACAUAUUUAUACUCUGUACAAUAGAUCUGUACGCUUACAAAGGUGGGCCUGUGUCUUUGGCCACCAGUCAGAAGGGAGCUGUGUGUAAUAUUCACAAGUGCAAUACUAAUAAAACACAUUUGUGAA